AUGCCUGGCACUUUUGUUUUGUUUUUCCUGUUUCACAGGUUUGUAGAUCAGUACCUGCAACAGUUCAUCCAGUCUGCUAAUAAACACUUCAUGAGUGGCUACAAUGUUAUCUUUUACAUCUUGAUGGAGGACUUCUCCAAACUACCUCCCAUAGAGUUAGGUCCCCUUCGAACAUUUAAACUAUGUAUUGUACUCAGACAACAUGUGUGGAAAGACCUGAAUUACAUAUACAUGAGGAACUUGAAUAUAUACAUCCUAGAACACAUCCAGUACGAAGUUGACUUUCUCUUCAGUAUGACUGUAAACCAGAUCUUCAAGAAUAACUUUGGUGUAGAAGCCCUGGGCAAGUCUGUAGCUCAACUCCAUGCAUGGUGGUAUUUUGGACAUGCCAAAAAUUUCCCUUAUGAGAGAAGCCCUAACUCAGCAGUUUUCAUCCCUUUUGGAGAGGGAGAUUUCUAUUACCAUGGUGCAAUUUUUGGUGGCACACCCUAUGAAGUUUUAGCCUUCAUUGAAGAAUAUAAAAAAGGAGUUCAAAAUGAUGCCAGAAGUGGAUUUAAGAGUGCAUAUGAACAUUACCUAAACAAAUAUUUGUUUAUCAAUAAACCCACUAAGUUGUUAUCACCAGAAUACAAUUGGGAUCCAAAUUUUAGACCUCCCCCACAAAUUAAACAUGUGAAGAUAGAAUGGCAGUCAAAAAGUAUUUGAUGGUUGUAUCAUUAGAUUCAUGAA